CGAGAAUUCGGCUUUGCCUGCCACUUACCGCAGCGAGCGUGUCCGCAGUCGAAAGGCCUGUAACCUCCGAGCGCGGGAGCCGACAGCGGCUUUUGCAGUCCAUCCAGCUGUUGGCAGAAGUUCACAGCUGAGAUAAACAGAACCGGGUCGUACUUAUAGUAGCGCAUGCCGGACUGAGUCAGGACCGCAUCUCCUGAGCCCGCUUCCUGGCGAUCUCCCAGCUGACGAUAGGAUGCUGAGGGCCUCGGCCGCUGGCUCUACGAAACAAAAGCAUAGAGAUUUCUCCCUCCCUCCCUCCAGCCAGGUCUGCCCGAGACCAGGUGCACACUCUUCUUCGCCCUAUUUCCGGACACGAGCGCAAUGGUGUACUGCGGAAAGCCGUCUAAAGGCUGCGACUAUUGCCGCAAGAAGCGACUGAAGUGCGAUCAAAAGCGGCCGGGAUGCGGACAGUGUCGAAAUGCUUCUCGAGCCUGUCCUGGGUAUCGCAACCAACUAGAUCUCAUGUUUCGUGAUGAGAGUGAUCGGGUGCAACAGAAAUAUCGAGUCACGGCAGUCCUAGAUGCAGAUGCGGAGGCAGAUGCAGAUGCAGAUGUGGACAUCGGCACAGUAAAUGCCAAUCAAUCCAGCGGGCAUGAUUCAGCCGCAGAUACAAGUACGCCAUUACCGGACACUCGAGCCAUUGAGAGAGGCCUGUCGCCAGAUGUGGCUGGCAACAAGUCCACCCAGAUCUCGAAGCUGAGGAAACAACCCUGGCCGGACCACCCUUACCAAUCACUAAGCCAAGCUCUGCCCGAGAUCGCAACAGCAUUCUUCCUGACGCAAUAUAUUCCCGGAAGCCAUUUCGAUUACCUUCCUCUUCUCUACAACUCUGCAAAUCCCGCCUCCUUGCUGACAGGCAUUGUUGAGGCCGUCUCUCUGGCAAGUCUUAGUCAUGAGACUCGCAAGCCCGAAUUCAUGGCUCUGGCCCGACAAAGAUAUUCACAGAGCCUUGUCGAAACCAACAAGGCCCUUCAGGAUCCGUCUGCCUGCCGCGACGAUGGAACAUUAGCGUCUAUACUGCUGCUCGCUCAUUUCGAAACUCUUGCGAGCGAGGAUACCAUCGGCGUCGAAGAUGUUGCGUUAGCACACGCCAAUACGAGAUACUCGCCUUCGGCGAGCUGGAACCGACAUGUGCAAGGCGCGGUGUCACUUGUCAGCCUUCGUCCCAAACCUCAACUCGACUGCUCUCUGAGCGUCCGGCUCCACCAACACGUCAAUGCGAUCGCCAGGUACAGCAGCAUCCAACGUCGCAUCCGGCUACCCGCCGAGAUUUCAUCGUGGGGCUUUUCAAUGGGCCUACGCAGAGAUCGAGAGGACCCCAAUCGCCGAUUUAUGGUGGUUGUCGAUGACUUCACGGAACUUCGGGCGAGCAUCCAUGAAGGCUCGCUGACCGACCCGUUUGAAAUCAUCGAACAUGCGAAAGCCAUCGACGCGCACACUGCAUUGGUCGCUAGAGGGUUUCCUUCGGCCUGGGCGUACGAUGUGGUCGUCACCCGCCGCAAGAUGGAUGGCGUUUAUCAGAAUAAAUAUCAUCUCUACCCGAGCCAUUACUCCGCGCAGCUGUGGAAUGAGGUCCGAAUGACCAGAUUGGCUCUCAAUGAAAUCAUACUCGUCUAUGCUGAGAAGGCUCGCCGGCGUGAUCCCCUCGAUGGCGAAGUGGACGACAUAUUCACGUCAUUACGGUCGCGCUGUGUGCGCGUGAUCGAGCAAAUGGCCACCGAGAUAUGCCAGUCCACCACCGAGUUUCUACAGAAGCCAGACUGUCUCUUCCCCUUCUCCGGGGCCCCGUCAUCGUCCAAGAUGUCAAUUGCCAGCGCCUACUUCCUCAUCUGGCCGCUCUUCAGUGCGGCCCGCGCGUCCAGGGUGGCGUCCGGAUCGUUCAGGGAGUUUGUGGUUGAUAGGCUGACCUUCAUCGCGAAAGAAAUGAAUAUUCCCCAAGCGCGAAAGGCGUCGCUGAUGUUGGAACAGGGUAUUGUACACGAGGACUGGCUGCAUAUGUUGCAUUUGUUUUAAAAUGGGCGUGGACCCUUGUGUUACAGAACCGUUUCUCAUGCAGCGUGGAACCCCACCGUGCGUUAACGAAACGCCGGUUGUCUUGCAUGGUGGUCAACUCAAGUGAAAUUCAAAGUCUGGACUACAGUAUAUCAGGACACAGCAGACCUUGUCAAGAUCGAACGCCAUUGUCCGAAGCGUACCGAGUACAGCGCCUGCCAUCGGAUCGCACUUUGGAGAAGCGAGGAUGAGUUCCUCCCUUUCUGCGGCCCCAGUUGUUGCCGGGAUGUCAGAGGUGAACGGGGAGUAACGCAUGUCUCACCGACCAUGAGCGUCGACUGUCCUAGAAUGCCCGUCGCCAGGUAGACAUCCAUCUUUGCGACACUCUGCUGGUUCGGUACGGACGAAAGUUAUUUGUGUCGAGGAAGAUUACCCGCACAUACAAUUCCCUCGAAUCGGCGGGAGUCUCUGCAGCCGUCAAAGGCAGCGAAGAUUCCGAACCCUCAAAAUGUUCGUGGACACUUUGGUAUCCUCAAGGGUUGAGGCCCAAGUCAGUCGUUGUCAAGGUCGUUAGAGCAGCCUUCUGAGUUCGUCCCGAGCGACGGCUUCUUGAUAGUAUGCCUUGAAAGGUGACUACGGGGUCCGACCCAGGUAAUGAUCGUCGCUAAGGAGUGGUGGUCCAAGUUGACGCCCUGGGCGUCGUCCGUGUCUGUUGUCACUACAGGUCUAAUAUAUAUAUGUGCACCAGCGGCAGUUUGAUCCUGCUAGGAUAA